UACAGGUUCCAGGAACGAUGUACAAAUACACACAGAGAUACAAAAACACCCGUCAUAACAGUUUAACCUCACAUUUCACAGACGCACACAAACUUGAGGCAGUGGUUUAAUGCCAAAUAAACUGGUACAACUGGUCAGACGAGAGGGAGCGAGACACCGCAGAUGUAAAAGGGAGGGAUGAAGGAGGAAUAUAAAGAGGAAAUACCAUACACAGAUUGACAGAGAGAGAAGGGAAAGGAGAGAAAUGAACAGAGGGGGAUACUGGAGGGGUAAGGUCCACUUAGCAUGUUAGUGUCUCGGUGUGUCUCAAUGGAGAUGCAAGGGACUCAUUGAAUGGGAUAUUCUCCACUGGGAAAGUACUCUCUGAAGGACCAUCUCUGACAGACUGGUACAUGUCAGCUACCGCCACAGCUCCUCUGGAGAGACGUGAGAAACCAGAACCUCACGUCACUCUCUAUCUGAUUCCAGCCAUCACAGCUACGUCUACCACAGCACCAACACCUGCCUCUAUCCACCAUGAGUGACGACAGGGAAAGACAGGAUGCCGAUGGAGGCUACAGGGUCGAACAGCCGCCCAACGUCAAACCCAAACCUGACAGCAUCAAGAAGGAGAAAAAGGAGAAAUCCACCAAGGUGCGUAGGUCCAUGAGCACUGACUCCGAGAGAGGAGAGGGAUCUGGGAGAAGGAGGGAGAGAAAGAGAGACAAAGGGUUGAGGAGGGAGCGUGGUAGAAGUGAGGAGAACAGGAGGCAAGACAGGGCUGGAGAUGACAGCAACCGGAAGGAGUCUGACCCCCAGGAAAACGACAUGGAGGACACUGAGUGCGUGGUUUGCUUCUGCGAAUACGACAACGUCUUUAAAACCCCUAAGUUGCUCUCCUGCGGGCACACGUUCUGUCUGGAGUGCCUGGCCCGGAUCAACGUCACCUCCUUAGAGCUCAAGUCUCUUUCCUGCCCUGUGUGUCGAGAGCUCACCAACCUGCCCCACGGCCGCAACCUGCCCCAGCUGGGCAACAACCAGGACAUCUUCCGCAAACUCCCUCCAGAGAUGCAGAGGGCGCUGUCCGUGCGCUUUAAGCGCAGCAAGGGCAAGCUGGUCCUCAAGAAGCCCCCUCCUGGUACUACCAGCCUGGCCAUGUCCAGCCUCACCCUGCCCACUCUCAAGAAGCAGGACCGGCAGGCCUCCAGCAACCUCCAGCUGGGCACCAUAGAUCAGGGCCUCGCCACUGUCGUGGACGUGGGUCGCCCCCCUAGCAGGGUCAGAGGUCGCCUGCGCAGGAUGUUCCGCUCGGACCAGUGCUACUACACCGUGAUGGCAUCCAUCGUCACCAUCACCGUGGUGCUGAUGCUGAUGGGCAUCCUGGCCUUCAUGGUCAUGCCCAAUGUGGUCCUCCACAACGGCAACAAACCCAACCAGGGGAAUUCCAGCCAACCAUAAACAGGUGGUCAAAUACCCUGAGGAAAAGACGGGAUGGUGGUGGGAUGAAGGGAAGUAAUACCAGAGGAGAGAAUCACUCAGAUAUUUUCAGAGGACUAAUUUUGUCAGGGAUCCUAAUAUCUGCCAUUUCAUUUUCUUUACUAAUACUCAGUUAUGAAGAAAAUGUGAAUUAACUGAACAGAAAGGUGACCCUGAAAGCACUAGUGCACACUCAACUGGGGUCAACACAUAACAAGGACCAUGUUGUUUAUGAAGGACUGAUGCACAAGAAGUACUAAUGGGAAAAGUGUCGCAAGAGUUAUUUUUUAUCCACCAUUUUGUCUUCCUUCCUGCAGUAUAAAGAUCAUGAACAUGGAACAUUUACCCAAAUGUGAAUGGGACAGCUAUUGCGGUGAAGUCAGAGAGGACAAUUAAUGUUGUCUGGGGAAUGUAAUUCAUUAUAAAGUUGUGUACUAUGUAAUUGCACUGAAGUCUGCCAUGGAGAAUUAUUACAAGUAAGAGAUGAUUUGAUUACACUGAGCAUUAUCUUAUUCUUUACAUUGCAAAGUAAAAAUGUUCAGCUCAAGAUUUUGUUUUACAUUCAUUGAUGUCUAACUAAUGUAUAUUUACGUACAAAAUAUGAAUAUACAUAUAGAGUUCAAAUAAGAAUGAUACAUUUGUAAAAAAACAACAACAACAAAACCAACGGAAUAGGUCUCUCUUGUCAUAGCAGAGGUAUCCUACCACACUGAAAUGAAUGACAUUUCCAAUAGACCCAGUGCCAUGUUACAUGCACGUUGCACGUACAUACAGGUUGCCUUACAGUAAAACCAAAUGUGCUGAUUUGAUUUCUGAUAAGAUCUUUGCCUAUCGGUACCUUGGUUGCACCUUCCUCUUUUAGUCCCAUUAGAGAAUCAUUUUCUUUUUGUUUUUAUACUAUUUCCUGACAGGUUCAGUGUGUGUGUGUGUGUGUGUGGUGUGUGUGUGGGUGUGUGUGUGUGUGGGUGUGUGUGUGGGUGUGUGUGUGUGUGGG